CAACUGCCGCUUGAGAGUCGUGUGCGUCGCACCCUGUCCGCCGAACCACCACCCCGCUCUCGCGUGGCCGCCCGUCACGUUUCCCGAGGCGAGACGAGUCACGUUUUCGCGUGAUAGCCGUGGAGAUCGUCGCCGGUCCGUCGCACUGUUUCGAUUCGAGGUAAAGGUGACCGUGCAACAGUCUCACGAAUGACCUGUCGACGACCGGUAGAUCCCCUUGUCACGCGACGAGCGUGGCACAGUAUCGGUUCGCGUGAAUCGUCACCGAUGCCGCGGGCAUCGUUCGAAACGAUCUCGUAAUUGAAGUUAGACCAGUGAGUGCCCCGGUUCCUGCGUGUCGUUUUAAUAUUCAGUCUGUGUGUUUAAAGAAAAUGCGUGCUAAUUUAACGGGUCCAGUGUCAACAUAAAACAAACCAUUGUUCGCAUCGUGUUUAAGGUUGUGUCACUGCCGGUUUGUUUACGACUCGGCGUGUUCACCCCCUCUGCGAUAUCCGGCCGGUCGCCACCUUCCCGGCGUACUUGAGGAAAAUUUGACGAACGACCAGUAAAGAGGGCAAUUGGGAAGAGUGCGCGUCGACUAUGAAUUGGUGCAAAGUGCAGGCUGUCGUGCAUUCAGAGGAGACGACGCCCGGCUGGAAAGGAAUGCUUGUAUCGGGCGCCGGAGCAUGAGGAACGUCGCAUCUUUAACGUAAUGAUGCAGAGAGCGGUGCUACUGCUCUGUUGGCUGCCGCUCCUCAACCACUGCCACGCCGUAAAUCCAGGUUGCUCUUGCGUCGUCUACAGCAGCUCGGACAGACCUCAAGGUGGCACGUUCACAUCCCCUUAUUACCCGAAGCGAUAUCCGACGAAUAUCGAUUGCCUGCUUUACACGUUCAUCGGUCAACCCGACGAAAUUGUCAAGCUGACGUUUCAUCACUUCAAUAUCCGUCGCGGCCGAUCCGACUGCAUGGGCGGCGACUUUCUAAAAGUGUUUCUACAUUUAGAGACAAGCGGCGUAUCGGAGUACACGCCCUGGUCCGGUGUGCUUUGUGGCGAUCUCAGUGAUAUCCCGCAGGUUCUCUACAGUUCGAGAUCUACGCUUAUUUUGGAGUUUCAUACCCAGGGACCCACGUCUAAUGCUACCGGCUUCUUCGGGAACUUCCACUUCAUCAAUAGACGACUGUUCGAGACGGACGGAGUGCUGAUUCCUGGCACAAUGUGCGACCUCGAGUUUGUCAGUUCACAGUCCAAACGGCAAUACGGUCGUUUCUAUUCGCCACGGUACCCGUCCUCCUACCCAAAGAACAUCCGGUGCUCGUACCUCUUCCGGGCAAGAUUAAAAGAGAGAAUACGUCUAUUUUUUGAAGAAAUUUCUUUACAAAAAGGGGACUUGAGUUGCCUGAAUAGGGCGGAUUUAAUCAGGGUGCACGACGGCUCGGAUUCAAGGGCGGCCACAAUAGCUGUACUGUGCAACCAAGGAGCGGAAGUGGAAGUACUCAGCACAGGGUCAGACCUAUACGUCGAGUUCGUCGCUAAUUCCGAGUGGCCCGGCCAGGGUUUCAAGGCGAUGUUCCAAUUCCAGCCAUUGGACGAUGCGCCGCAUCCUGAGCCGGACAAGGUCGUCCCAGGGGCCGUUACCGGUAACCCCAAGUACUCGGUCAUCGGACCAGCUGUCAGCGCUACGACGUCCCUGUGCAACAUGAUUUUCAGUAGCGAUUCGACGAAGAAAGGAGUGGUCACGUCGCCAGGAUAUCCGAAUCCUUACCCGCCGAGGACGCAUUGUACAUACGAGUUCCAAGGACGGGGAAAAGAACGAGUUCAAGUGGUGUUCCAGGAUUUGAACUUAUAUCAUACGUCGAACAUGGCGAAAGAAUGCAAAGACGUGGACUCGUUAGUGGCGUACGUGCACAUAGACGGAAAGAAGGAGAAAAUAGAUUCAUUUUGCGGCGGGAAGCCGCUGCUGCCUAUCAUGAGCAACGGACCGUGGCUCUCCUUGGAAUUUAAUGGCUUCACGUCGUCCCGCGACUCCCGGGGCUUCAAAGCUGUGUAUUCUUUCAUAGAAAACUUCGGCAUAACGACGGGACGGCAGGAGGUGCAGUCGCAGUUUCCCUGCGCCUUCGUUUACAACAGCAACGAGACGCGUAAUGGCACGUUCGCUUCGCCGAAUUAUCCCGGCCUUUAUCCGCGCAACACCGAGUGCCAUUAUUUCUUCAACGGCCAACCGAACGAACGGGUCCACCUGCAUUUCCACUUCUUCGACGUCGAGGGUGUGAUGCCAUGCGAGGCGGUGUCUGCGAGCGACUUCGUCGAAUUUUCCAAUUAUAUGUCCAGGGACCGGAAGUACUCGAGGCAUUGCGGGCAACAAAAGGAAUUCGACGUCGAGAGCGAUAGAAAGUUCUUUCGCGUAACCUUUAAGAGCAACGAGAGAUACGACGCAACGGGAUUCAACGCGAGCUACGUGUUUGUGGACGAGGAAGGAAAUUAUACGACAAAGCCGCCGACGAGUAACGCGACAACGUUAAAAGGUGCAACGAUCACGGUGCUGGCGAUGCUGCUGUUCACGAGCCCCUUUCUCCUCGGCCGAGUUCCGCUUUAAUCACGAUCGGUAACUACUUGGACGAGUCUGGGCUCAAUUUACAACGAAACUACAUAUAACUUCGAGGACAGGAACCAUCGAAAAUCCUCUAUUAUGUAUGGAGCGCCAAGGAAAGCGUGCGGUCUACAUCGUUUCAUCGCGCCGAUGAAAAUUGCCGAGGGCACACCACCAGAGUCGAUCCGCGUAGAUGAUAUAUAGAUUAUAUAUACAUAUACACGAUGAUACGUUCUUACACGCACAACACACACAUACACACACACAUACACAAACACAUAAACACACACAAGCGAGCGCGCGACAUCAUGAUUCAUUUAUUAGAUCUGUGUCACCGCACUAAUCCGACGACCGAUCAUUCUCCAUCAUUUUACUACGACCAUCACGGAGAAAAGUAUUGGCAAUAAAAGGAAAAGGAUGUUCGAUGUUACGCAGGGGGAAGACUCGUGAUGAGAGAACGCAAUGAGCUAUGAACCUUCAGGAAUGUGUGCAGAAUGAUGAGUGGUAGGCAGUGUUUUAUUUCUUCUAUUUUCUUUUUUACGUCCUUUCCUUAGAAAACUUUUGCUGUAAAAACGUUUUAACAUGUUGACCCCAAUAGGCUUGCUCAAUGAUGUUCCAAUGAUUUAUAAUGUGUACAAUGAAAAGUAAAAGUUUUCUCGAUUAUUUAGAAGCUUUAACGAUUAGUUAUAAGGGUCCCUUAUUAUCGUAAUCGAUUACUUGCUUCAAUCGUUCCGACGUAUUUCAAUAGCGAAAGGCUCGUGUGUUACUUAUCGCCAUGCUGUAUGCACACGCUGAAUAUUUCAUAACGUUUUAACUUUGUAACCGCGUUACCCGUUAGUACACUUAACGAGCACGUAACACGAGGAAAGAAUAUUACGAGAGUUGUAUAAACAGGUGGUAAUAAGUCUAUAAUUUGUUGGUAGCAUGAACGUACCCAAAAGUGCUGAAUUGUUAAUGUUUUUCUCCUCGUACGGAAACGAAUUUAUUAAAUCGCUGUAAAGAUGAAGAAAAACUAUCUGUCCGAAGAAAUUCACUCGAAAGUCAUAGUGAAACAAGAGUAUAUCGCCUUCCUAAGUACACUACGAACGUAUUUAUUAUUACAUCCUCUAUAUGACUGUGAUGUUUCCAUUCCUUCUUACCGAUUAGUUUUAUUAGAGAACGAAUACAAGUCUGAUCUAUUCGCGAGAGGAAUAGUGAUUCGUGACGCGAACAAUAGUUGGCCUGAACGGUUACGAAUUACGUGUCACGCGAAAUCAGCCAGGGAAAUGACGAGAAAAAUACCGAACGCGAUACGAAUUCCGCGAGCCAAGCGAGGUAAAACUAUUUGAAGGAAGUAUAUGCAUGUGUUCGAUUACUGAGACGAGUAACGUUAAUGAUUAUUGAAUCGAAGGGUUGGAUACUAAAGAGAGUUUAAAGAAUCAGCAAUGACAUUAAUGAUUGAUCAGGAGAAAUUGUUGCUAUGCUGGUUGUCGUAAAAAUAGUUUGAAAUGAUUUUCUGAAUCCGAUAUAGAAAUAAUCAAGAAGCGAUAGAUUUGUUUCUUUCUUCAUAGUUAUUUUCUUACAUCAACUAAUUGCUCGGAAAUGCAUAUAAAUAGUUUUACGUAGCAUAGCUGUCGAGACACAAUGUGUAUAUCUGUAUUUUUUUAUGAAUUUAGAUAACUCUUUAAACUAUGACCGUAGUCACACUCGCACGAACAGUAAUAAUAUUUUCCGUCGGUCUUUAUCAUUUCUCUCGCCGCUUGACUUUCUCCAAUUUCCGAUCUUCACUUGGUACGCAAGCUACGUUCGAACUGGCAGCGAGCGACACACUUGGACAAUGAUUAAAUAACUCUGUAACGAGCAACAUUAUCAGCCGAAACAAGACGGAACGGGAGACGUACAGGCAGCCGCGGUUUUAAUGAAAAGAAAACAGCGUUGAAAAGUUGCGGUUGAUAAGGUUUGAUGAGGUAAAACGCGAUACACACCGAACUUUUGUGUUCAAACUUCUCCACUUAAAGUGCAAUCAAUAAGGAUCAAUGUUUAACGAUCAAUGCGGCCAGUAUAACGGAGGGUGGUAUCGGCGAAAUGUAUCGGUACGUCGCCACACGCCAUGCCGAUGCAGAAAGUCAUUAACGUCAAAGUUAACGAUAGUUCGCCGGAACUUUAUCGCACAAAGGUUCGCCCCCUUUUCCCGAAAAACUAUUUCACCGGCCGAACUGUAAGUAAGCUAUAAGCCAGACCCACUUUUCCGAGCUUAUCGCGGCGCGGGGGGGGGGAUCAUAGUCAGCGGCAGGAACGGGGUGUGGCUUUAACAAUUAUUAUGGCAAUCGUCAAUCGAGUACGUGUCACGUGCAUCGUGUAACCAAAAUGAACGACCACUCGACGACGUUCGAACGUCGAAAGGGGAUGAUUGAAUCGAAUCGGACUCUCACGGAUUCGAUGUCAAACGUAUGUAUCCCGGCGGUACAUAAAGAUAAGUAGCAAUACUGUCAUUGUGUAUGUUAGACACUACUGUGAGUAUUUUUUAAUAGGUUUAUAAUACGUUAACUACUUCUCCCGAGUUUCUAGUUGAUUUGUAAGCGAGCGAUGACGAAACGAGAGAGAGAGGGUGAGAUGUGUGUGACUGUGGUAUUAACGAUUUGAACGUCUGUUCUGCGCGCGUGAGUAAAAGGGUGGACUGUACGAUAUUAUACGAACAGUUGUCACUUCCGUUCAUUGUUAUUUAUACGUUGUCUAUUGAGAGGUAAGGAUGGACAGAUGACUAUUAGGAAGUUGUACACCCGAAUUGGCACUAUCAGCAAGAUAUCCGCAUGUAAUUACCACGUGUUGUAAAUGCUGUUACAUUUAAUCGAUUUCGAGUUGCUGUCGUCUAUAUUAUAUCGGCAUGCGCCGCGCACGUACGGAUAAGCCCGGUACGUGACGUAUUCAAAUUGAAAAAUGAUAAGUCGUGACCGAUCGGUGAUCCGAAACGGAGUUUACUAAUUUUUUUUCCGUUCCGUUGCACACCCUAUUCCGCAUAUCUCCAUUGAUUUCAGGUGUAAGUAGACGAGUCACAUUCGUUGCGGCCGAAGCCUUGAUUAAAAACGAGAUUUGUCGAUCGUGUUUAGGAUCUUAACGCCAAGAAAAAUUCGAUAUACGUAUGCGCUUCUAAAACGUAGACGAGAUAAACGAUACUGUUUGCGUUCCGUUUUGAUUUGUCGCGAUGAGAACAGAAGACGCCCGAGUUGAGUUCACAAAGGAGAUAUAGACGUAAUACUUGUAUGCAUUUAAGAAGGACGGUGUUAUGUGUACAAGGACGAACUUAACUAGUCGAAUAGUUAUUAUUUAAAGAAAGAAAAAAAAAAAAUAAUGAAGGAAAAAAGUAACUUCAACCUCUUGCGAUCUACGACUCAACCGAGCGCUCCGUAAUUAGGCAGGAAGUUCAGGGGCGACCUAGCAGUAAGUUCCUGAGUCCAAAGAAACAAAAGAGAAAUAAAACGAAAAAAUAAAUAAAAAUAAAUAAAACUUUUAUCCUUACACGCCGCAUAUUAACUGGGACCUGUGUGAGUUAUCAAAGUUGCGCCUGGGGCGCCUCGAAACUUUGUCCUGCGGUUAAAAACUGUUCAAAAACGCAUCGUAGUCGUGCUCCGGACAAAGCGCGAUCAUUGAUCGGAGCAUCGACUAUGGUAUCCGCUGCCGGCGGAUGUAUUUUCUUAUUCUGUUUUGAGGCUCUUGCCGAAACAUCUCACGCAUAAGUUACUGAACUGUAAUGCAAUCAUCGUUACUGUCCUAAUAAACCUUAACAUAUGGAUCUGUA